GGAGCGGGCUGGGGGGAGAGAGCCCGAGAGCAGGGUUUGGUGCCUUCUCCUCUGUCCCCAGCCGGUGCCCGGAGCCCCCCUCCCCUUCCUCCCCACCCCCUCCCCUCCCCAGCCCUGCCCUCCCCCUUGUCCCGGGAUCGCUCCGUCGCACCCACCAUGAUGGAAGACGACGGGCAGCCCCGGACUCUACACACACAAGCUAAGACAUAUGGUUCUAUCAUCAGAAAACAAUAUGGUGUUUAUAGCCUAGAUACGUAGGUAACCUCUCCAGAGAUGUGACAGAAGUCCUUAUACUUCAGUUAUUCAGUCAGAUUGGACCCUGUAAAAGCUGUAAAAUGAUAACAGAGCAACCCGAUAGCAGAAGGGUCAACUCUUCUGUUGGAUUUUCUGUUUUGCAGCAUACAAGCAAUGACCCAUAUUGCUUUGUGGAAUUUUAUGAACACAGAGAUGCAGCUGCUGCAUUAGCUGCUAUGAAUGGGAGAAAAAUUUUGGGAAAGGAGGUCAAAGUAAACUGGGCAACAACACCAAGUAGCCAGAAAAAAGAUACUUCCAAUCACUUCCACGUGUUUGUUGGGGAUUUGAGUCCAGAAAUUACAACAGAAGAUAUCAAAUCAGCAUUUGCCCCCUUUGGUAAAAUAUCGGAUGCCCGAGUAGUUAAAGACAUGGCAACUGGAAAAUCCAAAGGCUAUGGUUUUGUAUCUUUUUAUAACAAACUGGAUGCAGAAAAUGCAAUUGUGCAUAUGGGAGGUCAGUGGUUGGGUGGUCGUCAGAUCAGAACCAACUGGGCCACACGUAAACCACCUGCACCUAAAAGUACACAAGAAAAUAACACUAAGCAGUUGAGAUUUGAAGAUGUAGUAAACCAGUCAAGUCCAAAAAAUUGUACUGUGUACUGUGGGGGAAUUGCCUCUGGGUUAACAGAUCAGCUUAUGAGACAGACUUUUUCGCCAUUUGGACAAAUUAUGGAAAUAAGAGUUUUUCCAGAGAAAGGCUAUUCGUUUGUCAGAUUUUCAACCCACGAAAGUGCGGCCCACGCCAUUGUUUCGGUGAAUGGCACUACUAUUGAAGGACAUGUUGUUAAAUGCUAUUGGGGUAAAGAAUCUCCUGAUAUGACUAAAAACUUCCAACAGGUCGACUAUAGCCAGUGGGGCCAGUGGAGCCAGGUUUAUGGAAACCCACAGCAGUACGGACAGUAUAUGGCAAAUGGGUGGCAAGUCCCGCCUUACGGAGUAUACGGGCAACCAUGGAACCAGCAAGGAUUCGGAGUAGAUCAAUCACCUUCUGCUGCUUGGAUGGGUGGAUUUGGUGCUCAGCCUCCCCAAGGACAAGCUCCUCCCCCUGUAAUACCUCCUCCUAACCAAGCUGGAUAUGGUAUGGCAAGUUACCAAACACAGUGAGCUGGGACUCUAAACAAAAUUGUAAUUCAUGAUAGCUUCAGUUUCCUGUGACACUCUGAAGACAUGAAAGUAGACAUCGGAAAAUGAAAAUAUUUAUUUUAAAAAUUGAAAUGUUUGGAACCUUUAGCACAGCUUUGCUUUGGUGAAGGACACAUGUCUUCUAGUUCUGCCUUUUUAAGUUUUUGUUCAUGAUGGAUAUGAACAUGAUUUUUCUUUGUGUACAAAAACUAAAAUAAAGUCAAUAAAGACAA